AAUACAUUCCAGUAUUCCACAUACAUCCCAGCUAUAAAUGGUCUUCUCCGGUCAAAACAACUGUCCGGACGUCAAAAUGUCCUCACCGAGCACGACGGCGGCGAAUCCGGUCGUCAAUUCCUCUCACUCUGCCGCCGGAGCCGCCGCAACUUACACCACCAUUCCCAUAUCAGCAUCUGGCGUCGUCCAACGCUCGAUACAAAACCUCUACGCCUACUUCAACCGUUGCCGUCCUUGGCCGGAAUUCCUCUCAACUGCCAAUGCGUUCGACCUCCCGGCUUCCACCUCCGACGUAUGGAUCCGACUCCGACGAAAUUCCAAUUACUUCGCCGUCAACUACUCCAUUAUUAUCUCCUGCUGCGCAGCCGGGUCGCUUUUAGGCACGCCGAUCCUGCUGGCCGUCGUGGUCUUGCUUUUCGCGUUCUGGCUGAUUCUAUACUUCUUCCGUGAAGAUCCGAUCGUUGUUUGCGGCAGGCACAUUGGCGAUCAGCUCGUGAUUACAGUCCUGGUUAUCGGUUCGGCUCUGAUUCUUUGGAUCACGGGAGUCUUGAACAAUCUGCUGAUUGGCGUUGGAGUUGGGAUAUCACUCUCCGCUAUUCACGGGAUUUUCAGGAACCCGGAAGGGCUCUUCCUCGAUGAAGACGACGCCGUUCUAAACGGCUUGGUAUCGAAUUCGCAUGAUGGAGGAAUCUCUUGAAAGUCCAAACAGUUCGUCCUCUUUGACUUUGAAUUGAGGAAAUCUGCUUCUGAAGAAGGUUCUGUUUGCUUGUUUGCUUAAUCAUAUAUUCGGUGUGUUUUUUUGUGUGUGAAUUUACGCUAGUAGGGAGAGCUUGUGAUGUAAGUUAUUUCGUCGGAAAUGAACCGUUCGUGGUUAUUGCUUGCUGAAAGUUGUCGAGUUACAAAAUGCACCUGUAUUGGAAUGUGUUUAAGAUUCAAGCUUUUUUCCCAGAAUUGGGUGAUAGGUUUAAUACAAACUGUACUCAAAAUUGUGACU